AUGGCUGACGGAAAUGCGCACACUAGCGCAUACGAGUCAUUUGGUGAUUUUAACGAUUUUUCUUCUCAGCAAAAGGACUGGCCACACCCUAUCGAUGUGGACAUGACCCUUCGAGCUGAUAGCCUCUAUAUCCCACCUGACCGGGCAUUAGCAGACGAGCGGGCUCGCUGGGUGGAGCACCCAGAGGCUGUGGACGACGACGACGAUGACGACGACGACAUGUUCGAUUACGACUUCCCCGUGGGACCCGCAUCUUCUUACGCUGCCGAUUCUCUAUCGGCUCAGUUCGCAUAUCCUGCCUCGACAGGCCAUUACAACGAUGAGUCACACUUGACCGACGGCUACGACAUUUACCGGGUGCCCAACUCUUUUGGCUCUGCGGAAAACUUUUAUUCUUUGCCUUACAAGCCCGUGGAGUCCAUUGCUCCCUUAGACCUUCAGCUCAGCCACGAAGGCGUUCCGGCGCAGAUGGACGAUAUGCCCCGCUUUGAGCCGGCAAGCCCAAUCGAUUACGAUACCAUGGAUUCCACUCCCGAUCUUGUAAAUGACGAGCAAUCUAGCGACAAUCAAGAGAGCUUUGAAUUCGACAUGGACCUCGAUCUCGAGCAAGACAGUCCUGCCCACUUUCACGACCCACCGACGAUUCACGACGUGAAGACAGUUACCGACCCAUUGCGCACCCCAUCAAUUGAUGUCGCUCGAGCCGAGCCGCCCGCCGCCCCUGCCCGCCCCACGCCGGCAGGAAAUACCAAGCGCAAGAAAGUCGCACACGGCCCCAACCGCUGCGACAUGGUCUUGCCCAGCGGUGAACCUUGUAAUAAGGCGUUUACUCGCCCUUACGACCUGGCAAGGCAUCAGGAAACCAUCCACGCUCAGGUCCGCAAAAUGUUCACUUGCCCAGAGUGUGGCGACAAAUCCAAGACUUUUAGUCGUAUGGACGCCCUUUCCCGGCAUAUCCGUAUCAAGCAUUCCCGCAAAGAUUGA